CCACACUCCGGGGCCAGCGAGUCCAUGGACGCGCCGAGUAGAAGUCGGGGGCGAUAAGGCGGCGCGCGCGGCGGCCGGAGGAGCAGGCGACCGGGGGAGCGCGGCAGCUGUCGGAGCCAUGGACUGCAGCCUCAUCCGAACGCUCAUCAACAGAUACUGUGCUGGAGAAGAGAAUUGGGUGGACAGUCGGACCAUCUACGUGGGGCACAGGGAGCCACCUCCAGGCACCGAGGCCUACAUCCCGCAGAGGUACCCGGAUAACAGGAUCGUCUCUUCCAAGUACACAUUUUGGAACUUCAUACCCAAGAACUUAUUUGAACAAUUCAGAAGAAUAGCCAACUUUUAUUUUCUUAUCAUAUUUCUGGUACAGUUGAUUAUUGACACACCCACAAGUCCAGUAACAAGUGGACUUCCACUGUUCUUUGUCAUCACUGUCACAGCUAUUAAACAGGGUUAUGAAGACUGGCUUCGCCAUAAAGCAGACAAUGCAAUGAACCAGUGUCCUGUGCACUUCAUUCAGCAUGGCAAACUUGUUCGCAAGCAAAGUCGAAAACUGAGAGUUGGUGACAUCGUGAUGGUGAAGGAGAAUGAAACCUUUCCUUGUGACCUGAUACUCCUUUCCAGCAACCGAGGAGAUGGAACAUGCCACGUUACAACAGCCAGCUUAGAUGGAGAGUCGAGUCACAAAACUCACUAUGCGGUUCAAGACACAAAGGGAUUUCAUACUGAAGAAGAUAUAGACAGGCUGCAUGCUACAAUUGAAUGUGAGCAGCCUCAGCCCGACCUCUACAAGUUUGUUGGCCGCAUGAAUGUCUACAGUGACCUCAGUGACCCUGUGGUCAGGCCGUUAGGAUCAGAAAAUCUGCUUCUCAGAGGGGCCACGCUAAAGAACACUGAGAAGAUCUUUGGAGUUGCUAUUUACACCGGCAUGGAGACCAAGAUGGCAUUAAAUUAUCAGUCAAAAUCCCAGAAACGGUCUGCUGUAGAAAAAUCGAUGAAUGUAUUCCUCAUUGUGUACCUCUGUAUCCUGAUCAGUAAAGCUCUGAUAAAUACUGUCCUGAAGUAUGUAUGGCAGAGCAAACCAUUUCAAGACGAGCCGUGGUAUAACCAGAAGACUCAGUCAGAAAGACAGAGGAACCUGUUCCUCAGAGCUUUCACGGAUUUCCUGGCCUUCAUGGUCCUCUUCAACUACAUCAUCCCCGUGUCCAUGUACGUCACCGUAGAAAUGCAGAAAUUUUUCGGCUCUUAUUUCAUCACUUGGGAUGAAGAAAUGUUUGAUGAAGAAGCAGGGGAAGGGCCUCUGGUUAACACGUCUGAUUUAAAUGAAGAAUUGGGACAGGUGGAGUACGUCUUCACUGAUAAAACCGGCACUCUCACGGAAAACAACAUGGAAUUUAAAGAAUGCUGUGUUGAAGGCCACGUCUACGUGCCUCACGUCAUCUGUAAUGGACAGGUCCUCCCGGACUCUUCAGGAAUAGAUAUGAUUGACUCUUCUCCAGGAGUCAGUGGAAGGGAGCGAGAAGAGCUAUUCUUUCGGGCUCUCUGUUUGUGCCACACGGUCCAGGUGAAGGAUGACGAUAAUGUGGACGGACCUAGGAAAUCCCCAGACUCUGGAAAAUCUUGUGUGUACAUAUCAGCAUCACCUGAUGAAGUGGCGCUCGUCGAAGGUGUUCAGAGACUUGGUUUUACAUAUCUAAGGCUAAAAGACAAUUAUAUGGAGAUAUUAAAUAGGGACAAUGACAUUGAAAGGUUUGAAUUGUUGGAAAUUUUGAGUUUUGACUCAGUAAGAAGGAGAAUGAGUGUCAUUGUAAAAUCUGCUACAGGAGAAAUUUACCUGUUUUGCAAAGGAGCAGAUUCUUCAAUAUUUCCCAGAGUGAUAGAAGGCAAAGUUGACCAAAUACGAUCCAGAGUGGAACGCAAUGCAGUGGAGGGACUUCGAACUUUGUGUGUUGCCUAUAAGAGACUCAUUCCAGAAGAAUACGAAGGCAUUUGUAAACUGUUGCAGGCUGCUAAAGUGGCACUUCAAGAUCGAGAAAAAAAAUUAGCAGAAGCAUAUGAGCAAAUAGAGAAAGAUCUUAUUCUGCUUGGUGCUACAGCUGUUGAGGAUCGGCUCCAGGAAAAAGCGGCUGAUACCAUUGAAGCUCUGCAAAAAGCUGGAAUCAAAGUGUGGGUUCUGACAGGGGACAAAAUGGAAACCGCGGCAGCCACCUGCUAUGCCUGCAAACUUUUUAGGAGAAACACACAGCUACUUGAGCUAACCACCAAGAAAAUUGAAGAGCAGAGUUUACACGAUGUCCUGUUUGAGCUGAGCAAAACCGUUCUACGCUACAGUGGCAGCCUAACGAGAGACAACUUCUCAGGACUUUCAACAGAUUUGCAAGACUACGGUUUAAUUAUUGAUGGAGCUGCAUUGUCUUUAAUAAUGAAACCCCGAGAAGAUGGGAGUUCUGGCAACUACAGAGAACUCUUUCUUGAAAUCUGCCGAAACUGCAGUGCCGUGCUCUGCUGUCGGAUGGCACCUUUGCAGAAGGCACAGAUUGUUAAAUUAAUUAAAUUUUCAAGAGAGCACCCUAUUACUUUAGCGAUCGGUGAUGGUGCAAAUGACGUGAGCAUGAUCCUGGAAGCACAUGUGGGCAUAGGUGUCAUUGGAAAGGAAGGUCGUCAGGCUGCGAGGAACAGUGACUAUGCAAUACCGAAAUUUAAGCACUUGAAGAAGAUGCUGCUUGUUCAUGGGCAUUUUUAUUACAUUAGGAUAUCUGAGCUUGUGCAAUACUUCUUUUAUAAGAAUGUCUGCUUCAUUUUCCCUCAGUUUUUAUACCAGUUCUUCUGUGGAUUUUCACAACAGACUUUAUAUGAUACUGCGUAUCUUACACUGUACAAUAUCAGUUUUACUUCCCUUCCAAUUCUCUUGUACAGUCUGAUGGAGCAGCAUGUCAGUAUAGAUAUGCUCAAGAGAGACCCUUCACUGUACAGAGAUAUUGCCAAGAACGCUCUGCUCCGCUGGCGAGUGUUCAUUUAUUGGACAUUCCUAGGAGUAUUUGACGCUCUGGUGUUCUUCUUUGGUGCUUACUUCAUGUUUGAAAACACAACCGUGACCAGCAACGGACAGAUUUUUGGAAACUGGACCUUUGGGACACUGGUGUUCACUGUGAUGGUCUUCACAGUCACCCUGAAGCUUGCAUUAGAUACACACUACUGGACUUGGAUAAACCACUUUGUCAUCUGGGGCUCACUGCUGUUCUACAUAGUCUUUUCCCUUCUCUGGGGAGGAAUUGUCUGGCCCUUCCUCAACUAUCAAAGGAUGUACUACGUGUUUAUACAAAUGUUGUCUAGUGGCCCUGCAUGGCUGAGCAUCAUUCUGCUGAUUACUGUGAGCCUUCUUCCUGAUGUUCUCAAAAAAGUUCUAUGUAGGCAGCUGUGGCCCACCGCAACAGAAAGAACUCAGAAUACAUCCAGACAGCUUCAGGACCGCAUUUCAGAAUUCACCUCUCUUGCCUCUCUACGAAGCCCAAGCUACCAGAACAAUGACCUCACCAGUCCCUCGGCCAUAGAGCCUAGUUCUCACUCUGAAAAAGUGAUGUUAACCUUCUGGAAUAACAAGGAGUAUUUAGUACUUCCACCCAUUUUUGGUCUUUCAAAGAACUAUUGUAGUUCUAGCUCAAGACACUACUACCAUGGGUCCAGUCUGGAAACACCUGUCUGAUGGACAGAUCACCAAUUCACGCCUUUCAGAACUGCCUUCUUGAGUGUCUGUGUGUCUGUGUUUGGGUGUGCUUUUUCCUCUGUUUCCAAACGAGGAGGGAAACGUGAAACACAGCUUGUUCUGAUACCCUAGACUGAGCGCUUUAGUUACGGUUUCUUCCAGGCCUGGUGGCUUCUCGUGUUUUUCUUCAUGCGUUUGGUUGGACCGCUAGGAAGAAGGGAGGUCUGGCGCUGUAAGACUGGCAGCAGAAGACGUUCUCUUUACCCUGUGUGUUUAUUCUCUGCGUCACCCUCUGUUACUUGGUGUUACUUGAAGAGAACAGCGCAUCAAAUGAUGUACGUUUGGAGAUCAGCAGUUCAACUCUGAGCCAGAAGCUCUCACCACACACCCCCAGCGACCGUCGUUUUGAGUGUGUAUGACGGUGUGUUCCUUUCAUUUCACUCAUCCUCGCCUGCUCGUGUCCUGUCUCUGUAGAACAAAGUGUGUUGUCUGUGUACUUCCUUUUCUCAAGAAACCCCCUGAUACUUCUGUUUUUGGAAGUGGCCAAGUUAGACGUUCAGAUAAUUGUGUAUCUGUUUUCCUGUUAGGGUCACAGAUCUUGCUGUUGCUUAUGUUCACCCUAUACGUGGUGAGGAUGGUUUUUUAAUGGGUUAGAUCCAAAUCUCAGCUUGUUUUGCUGAUGCGAGAUGCUAACCCUCUGUGUUUUGGAAUACUGUUGAGUUUGUCAAUGUCUUUCUUCUCUUUUUCCAUCACCCAGUUGCCUCUGUGGAGGAAAAAAAAUAAAAUAACUCAUAUUCAUGUGUGAGGAACAGAUAAUACUGUUAACGUAAACUUUUCCAAUAGAAGUUUUGAGAUAUUUAUCAGUCACACCCCAAAUGAUACAGUUUACUUAUUUACUGUCUUUGGAAAUUCUUUCUUUCAUGUAUUUUAGGGAAAGAAUAUUGGUUUCAGGUACUCAAGGGUAACUGUCAGGAGCCCUGGUGCCACAGUGGGUAAGCACUCAGCUGCUGGCCAAACUCACCAGCUGCUC